GGGCGGACUCAGCACCCCUCAAAUACUUUAUUGGGGGGCAAAGGGAUCUCAACUGCUAGGAGUUGGCUCCGAUAAUGAUGAUUUGUGACUGGGUUGCCCCAUCGACUCUGAGCAGCUUCCAACAGAAUAUAAAACAGUGCAGUGAUGGAACUGUCAAAAGGCCGUCAGCACGGGACCUCAUUGUCUGGGCUGAACAAUAGGGGUGGAGACGCUCCUUCAGGUCUACUGGGCUGAGGCCACUUAGGGCUUUAAAGGUCAGCACCAAUACUUUGAAUUGUGCCCGGAAACGUACUGGGAGCCAAUGUAGAUCUUUCAAGACCAGUGUUAUAUGGUCUCGGCGGCCGCUCCCAGUCACCAGUCUAGCUGCCGCAUUCUGGAUUAGUUGUAGUUUCCAAGUCACCUUCAAAGGUAGCCCCAUAUACAGCACAUUGCAGUAGCCCAAGCGGGAGAUAACCAGAGCAUAUACUACUCUGCCGAGAAAGGUGUGCAGGCAGGUAGGGUCUCGGUCGAGAGUAAGCCCUGCUGGCUUCAGCGGGACUUCUGGGCAAACCUAUAUAGAAGGAAUCGAGCCCAAGAGCCCUCUCCCCUCCUGCAGUUUCCAGAAACUGGUUUUCAGGAGCAUUGCUGUGCAGAUAGAGCAACACCAUCUUGGCUUGCAGCCCUCGAAAGCCCUCCAUGAGCUUGUCUAAUCCACUUUCCAAGUUGGUGGCCACCUCUGCCUCUUGAAAGAGGGAGUUCCAUAUGUGCUGCACGGAGAAUUCCUUCCUUUCAUCUGUCUCGAAUCUUCCAGCACUUAGCUUCACGGGAUCCCCACAAAGUUCUAGUUGUCAGGAGAGAGGGAGAGCGGCAAUUAUCCGCCCAGGCCCAGAUGUAGCUGUUGCUGACACCAAACAUUUUUGGGGUAGCGCCGAUCUUGCCCUGCCUCCUGCUACUGGGCUGCUGCCUUCUAUUUUAUAAACUCUGCUUGGACUAACGAAACGACCCCAAACGACCUAGCUGCAGCUUCCAGGCUGCCUUCACCAUCUCCAUCCUGGCCCCCGCCAGCUGCGUCUGGGAAUGGCUUUGAGGUGGCAUUUCCUCUUGCGCGGAGGCGAUGAUGCUCAGAGCCUGGCCAGCAAAGGAACAGGAGCUGCUCUCAGCCCCUCCUCUGGGUCCCUGUGGGCAGGAGGUGGAGCCGCUCAGCCCUCUUUUCCAGACGGGAGAGAGGCUGGACCACAGCAGAGUUUUAAACCAAGUCGGUAGGACAGGAUUUUCCCCAGGACUUCGCAGAGCCUGCUGCUUGGAGGAGAGGGAGUGGAGAUGCAGCUGGAAUAUCUCCACCCGGCUGCUUCUUCCCGGUCCAGCCUGCCUCCCCUAUGCGAGGCUGGAGGAGGAGGAGGAGGAGAAGGCAACCAGCUGGCCAUGGGGUUUGCCAGGUACGCAGCCCCAGAGCCAUUCCAGGGGUCCCGUUCGCCUCUGGCCCCCGAAGGGACCAAGCCUCCGUACAGCUACAUUGCCCUCAUCACCAUGGCCAUUCAGAGCACCCCAGAGAAGAGGAUCACCCUCAACGGCAUCUACCGCUACAUCACGGCGCGUUUCGGCUACUACCGGGAGAACAAGCAAGGCUGGCAGAACAGCAUCCGCCACAACUUGUCUCUCAACGAGUGCUUCGUCAAGGUGCCGCGGGACGACAAGAAGCCCGGCAAGGGCAACUUCUGGACCCUGGACCCCGACUGCCACAACAUGUUCGAGAACGGCAGCUUCCUGCGGCGCAGACGCCGCUUCACCCGCAAGAGGGGCGCCGAGGGCCACAGGAAGCCGCUGGCGAAAUGCCCGCUCUUGGUGGAGAAAGCCAUCAAAGUAGAAAGCGGCUCUGGUUCUUCGCCAGCUGCUGUGGGCCUGCUCCAGGGCUCCUGCCAAGAGAAGACGCUGCCCUUGGAGGUGCCCGCCGUUGCAGGCCGAAGCCCCAGUGACCUGGCACUUCCUGGCCAGGAGCACCUGGGCUCCGGAGGCCUGGCCUGCGGCAAGAGCUACCCACAGAGGCAGCCGUGCCUUGCUCCGUACGACCGACAGGCCUGCUACCAAGCCCUGCUGGACUGCUCCCAGGUGAAGGAGCCAGCCCUGGAUGGCAUGCAAGCCAGCCCUCCUUCCCAGGUGGGCGACAGGAUGGCACAGGAACCCACAGAGGCUAAGGAGCCCCUUCAGGGCAGCCCCAAAACACCUCUGGGGCCUCCUAAGAGUGGGCAGGAUGGGAAGGCUUUUGGGCAGCUGGCCCCAACCUUCCUGGGCCCUAGCAAGGGUGCCCAGGCCUGCAGCCGCCAGUCAUCGCCUUUUGAAGGCGAGGCCUAUGCCAAGCCUUCUGUCUUGCCCGUUUUUGGCUCCCUGGGCUACUCGGGAGCCGAUUCCCUGAGCGGGAACUACCAGUGCCGCCUGCAGGCCCUGAACUUCUGCGUCAACGAGCACGGGGGCUGCGGCACAGCCUUGGAGCACCUUUUGACAGCCACCGUGGGCACUGGGUCCUCGGCCCCCAGCCAGCCAGCCUCCUUCAUGCCACUUCAAGGAGAGCAGGAAGCCUGGGGCGGGGGGCCCUUCUCCCUCCAAGGAGGCAGCGGGUACCAGCUGGGGCUCCCCCACUGUCUCUACAGGACCCCUGGCAUGUUCUUCUUCGAGUGAUGGAGGAGUGCGGGUGGUGUCUCGGGAGCAGACAGCACUCGCGUCCUCCCCGCCAGGGGACCAGGGCUCGACCCCCCCCCCAAUGUAAGUUAUUGACUCCUGGCUGGCAGAGUAAAGAAGGGACUCUAAAAUAGCAGAGCCCUCCAGCUUCUGACCAGCAACACUUUCGUCCCGUCUGGAUAAAAAAAACAGCAACGGCAUCUCCCACCCGGCGGAUGGAACCUGUGUUUUUUUUAAGAAGGAAAAAUUGGUUAGCGGAAUAAAUGCGCUUC